AUGGAAAGAAAAAUUGAAGAAGAAAAUGAAUUUACAUGGGAUAUUCCUAUUUGGUAUAGUAUUAAUAGAACAGAACAACCAAUGCUUUGGUUAAAAGAUUCAACAGAAUUGGAAACGAGUGCUGGGGAUUUAAUUGUUUUAAAUUUUCGUUCUGAAGGAUUUUAUAGAGUACAAUAUGCCCCUGAUGAAAUGCAACAAAUUCGACAACAAUUAUUUAAUAAUCAUUCGAAAUUUUCAAUGAGUAGCAGAGUACGUAUACUUGAUGAUGCAUUUACAUUAGCUGAGGGUGGUUAUUUGCCUUAUGAAGUGAAGAUUUUUUUAAACCUAACAAAUUAUGCUUUAAAGGAUACUUUAAAUUUAACCAAAUAUUUGGUAAAAGAAGAGGAAUACCCACCAUGGGAAAUGGCUUUGACUGGCUUUAAUGUAAUACAAAAUUAUUUUGAUGAUGAACCUGAAAAUGAGGAUCUGGGGGCUUAUAUUAAAUUAUUAAUUGGUGACAUUUUUGAUCGUGAAUUGGAUAAAAUUGGAGAAUGGAAAUCCGAAGACAAAGAAAAAGAUUUCUUUAAUGAGUAA